UAUUAAACCGGACAGUCGAUGAGCGAACAGCAUUAAGAACCUCUCCGGGGGAUGUGCCGUUGUUAAAAAUAGUGAACAUGGAAAGGAUUGACGAUAGACAUGUGUUCUGGAACUUUAAAGGAGCUGGAGAAUACAGCGAUCAGAAAUUCCUGAUGAGCACACCAUUUGUGAUAACCGCCAUUGUGGUCCUGUACUUAUGGUUCGUGCUCAAAUUCGGACCCGAAUUGAUGAAGAAACGACCGCCGUUCAAAUUGGAGAAGGUUUUAUUAGUUUAUAAUGCUGUGCAAGUCAUGAUAUCCUGUUAUAUAUUCCAAUUGGGAUUUAGAUUUUUAAUAAAUAAUGGAAUGUGGAACACGAGGUGUUUAAGCGAAACUGAAGAGUUUAGAAAACAGGUAGUAGACGGAAGCCACUACUAUUUCCUUGCCAAGGUGGUAGAACUCCUCGACACAGUGUUCUUCGUGCUACGGAAGAAACAGAAGCAGGUGACUUUCCUCCACGUCUACCACCAUGCAAUGAUGGCAUCGUUGGUGUGGGCCAUCGUCAAAUACAACAGGACUGACAUCACCGUGUUCCUUGGAGUCAUCAACUCCUUGGUCCAUGUGGUGAUGUAUGGGUACUACGGGCUUUCUGUGUUCCCAUCGCUGACGAAAUACUUGUGGUGGAAGAAAUACAUUACUAUGAUGCAAUUGAUCCAAUUCUCCCUGAUGUUCAUCCACACCAUCGUAACCCACAUGGUCUCAGAGUGCCGUCCGUCCGAAGCUCUGCUCAUCACUGUCUGUUUCAACACAGUCCUCUUCAUGUAUCUCUUCGGGGAUUUCUAUGUCAAGUCCUAUAUCAAGAAAUACAAUAGAAAAGACAUCGUUAAUGCUGGAAAGGUUAUUAGUAAUUCUACAAACGUUACUAACUACCAUAAGUUAGCUAUGAAGAUUCAUUAGUCGUAAUUGUUAAUAUAAGAGACUGCCGAAGUGAGUUUCUGAAACACUAAACAGUAAUUUUAAAGUGUUAGAGAAUAUGUUUUAUAUUUUUUAAAUGCAUAGAACACUUAUCACGUUUUUACAAACUGUUAGUUUUAAAUGACCUGGAGUUUGGCACCUAAGAUUACCUAUAAGUUAUUAUUUCCUUACGAACAAGAAAUUUUCCCAUACUGCUAACUAAAUUGCCUGAUGGUAUGGGAAUUAUAAGAAUUCUCGCGUGGUUUUAAUUACUAUAUAAUGACCUCUCUAUUGGUUUGUCAGGCUUUAGUAUAAAAAACGUUUGAUGCCACGGUAAUUUGAUAAAAUGCGAUUAAAUCAGAUGCGGGACUAAAUAUAAAUUCAACACUAACUAAAUCAGUUGAGGCUAAAACCCAAAUAUCCAAGCCACGAAGCAAAUACCGUUUAAAACGACAAUUUAACACUUCAUCCCGGGCGUCCAAUGCCGCUAAUUGACAGGAGUAUAUGUCAAAAUAAUUAAGUUAUGAGCCCGCUCGGGAUUCGCGCUCCAGUUUUUAAUAUGUCACAUCUUGUCAGAUAUUUUGUGUAGCGAGAGUUGAUUCAACAAAAAGCGGUGUUGGAUUUGUGAUUUCAGAACAUGCUCCAGAAAUAACUACUGGCGUAACAUUAUACUUAUAAUCAAUACGAGCUAAAUCUUAAUAGUCGUGGAAUAUUCAGCACUUUGAUCUUGAAGAGCAAUAUACUUUAAUAGGCAGGUAUUUAGUUUAAUAGCAUACAGAUAAUUCUAAUCUAUGUUAAUUUUAAGAAUGAUCUCCAAUUUUCUAUAAAAUAAUUUGCAUAACAAAAUGACUAUCUGUUUUAUAUUCAUUGAUACUUCAAUUUCAUUGCAAUUUUAUCUACGCGUGUAACAGUAACUCUAAAAUUAGUUUUAAGUGUUAUGCCAACUAUAACAUUCUAUUUUUCUAAUGUAAUAGAUUGUAAGUAUUACUUGAUUUAUAGUCUAGAUAACUGCUUAGAAAUAUUU